CUUGAAGCCUGGAGGCUUUCCCGGAGUAUUGACUCUUCGGAGUUGUUAGUAGUAUAUUGGCAGAGUUGAGUACAGUACAUACAAUAGCUAAUUACUACACCGACAUCCGACGGAGUUCAACAGAGUAUUCGUAUCUCGCGCUCUCAUCACUCACUCUCACACACACUCACACACACUACCUUCGUUAUCCUCACUAUCCUCACCUCAUCCGGGUGAAAUCAUUAUGACCCAUACUUCCUUUGCAGCAGCUGUAGUGCUCUUGCUGUCGUCCUCUCCCUUUACCUCGAUCGUCUCCGCAGGACAGCCCUCUGCUCCGGACCCUGUUGCUGCCCCAUUGCGCGACUUGGAAUGGGGCCAACUCAACUUUCUACAUACUACAGACACCCACGGCUGGCUGGCUGGACACUUACAAGAACCCUCUUAUGCCGCGGACUGGGGGGACUACAUCUCUUUUGCCGCCCGCAUGCGCGACAAAGCCCAUCAGGAUGGCUCAGAUCUGUUGGUGAUCGAUACGGGUGAUCGGGUCGAGGGUAAUGGUCUGUAUGAUUCUUCCGAGCCAAAGGGUAUCUAUCUCUCCGGGAUCUUGCGAGAACAACACAUAGACCUUCUGUCAUCAGGCAACCAUGAGCUGUACAAUCGGACGACGUCCCAGGCAGAGUUCUUCACCACAAUUCCCAACUUCCGUGGAAAUUACCUAGCAUCGAAUAUCGAUAUCCUACAUCCAGCACUCAACGAAUUCGUCCCUUUAGCGCCUCGCUUCAAGAAGUUCACCACGCAGAACCAAGGGAUCCGCAUCAUCGCCUUCGGCUUUCUGUUUAAUUUUAGAAAGAAUGACAACAACACUAUCGUUCGGUCUGUAGAGCAGACAAUCAAAGAAAGCUGGUUUCAAGAAGCCAUUCGAGACAAAGAUGUGGACCUUUUCCUCGUUAUUGGCCAUGUCCCCGUACGCUCCGCUGAAUAUGAUGCUGUGUACCGGGAGAUCCGCGCUAUCCGGUGGGAUACACCUAUACAGUUCUUCGGAGGGCAUUACCACAUCCGGGAUUAUGUGCGGUACGACUCCAAAGCCUACGGACUGGCGAGUGGUCGCUUCAUGGAAACUAUUGGCUUUAUGUCAAUCGACGGGCUGUCCACUAGCAAAGACCAAAUAAGGCCCGCCCUGGCAGCGCCUAAGUUUAGUCGGAAGUACAUCGAUAACAAUUUGUUCUCAUUCUACCACCACACCGGCCUGGACGAGGGCACAUUUCACACGGAACAUGGCCGGAAUGUGUCCUUACUUAUACAACAAUCCAGAAGCGCGCUUAAGUUGGACAAAAUCCACGGUUGCGCUCCCAGGGAUCUCUGGAUGUCACGCGUCAAGUACCCUCACGAGAACAAUAUAUAUACAUGGCUAGAGGAAGAAGUGCUCCCCGUCUCUUUGAAAGAUGACUCACGUAUUGGAAAGCCGGCGCUUGCUAUUAUCAAUACGGGUGCUAUUCGCUUUGAUGUUUUCAGAGGUCCUUUCACUCAGGAUACAACCUAUAUUGUCUCUCCUUUUUCCAGUGGUUUCCGUUACGUCAAAGAUGUCCCUUACCACAAAGCGAAGUUCGUGGUCGAGGUACUCAACAAACAGCCUCAAAUAUUGACUGAGCAACGCCAGCAUGUAGGUCUACCGACCUGGUCACUCGCACCGCCUGAGCAAUCAGCACAUGCAGACGAUACAGCCGCUAACCGUGGCGAGAGUUUGCGCCCUGCAUGGUACGCUCCAGGCUCGCUUAUCGACCAGGCCUUACUUUCAAUGAAGGACUCUUUCGGGCCUAAUCUAAUUCCGGGGUAUACUACCACCGAUGAUGCUGGCACUGAUGGUGAUGAUACUGUCCAUUCUCCUCUCACAUUCUAUCGAGUUCCGAAUUGCAUUCAAUCCCUGGUAUCUCCAACUGCAUCUGACCAGCCCGAAACGGUGGACUUGGUCUAUAUCGACUUCAUUGAGCCCUAUGUAGCUCUAGCGGCCAAGUUUGCAAGCCUUGAUGUGGACUUUAAGCGAGACAGUGACGUCUACAUGCCAUCCACUAGUCUAACAAGCCUGAUUCUGAACUGGGUCAAGACGAACUGGGGCUGCGAAGACGGUUCAUUAUGAUCUGAACAGAAGUCGUGACCGAAUACAUAGAUAGAUACAGAAUGUGAUGCUUGGCAGCCUCCGUUUCUUUGCGUCUUGGAUCCACGAAAUCAACGGACAGCAUGCGCCAUUGAAG